CUCUUUUCUUCUUUCUUAUCAUGGCAUUUGCGCAACAACCACAACGACGUAGACAACAACAUGUUGUAGAAAAUGAGAAUAGUUUAGCAGUGAUAUCUGAUUCCGAUACGGAUUGGCAUGUACUUAGUAGUAGUACAUCUUCACCCAUCUUAUUUCCUUCAGAGUCUGAAUCGUCAUUUCGACCUUCUUCAGACACCGAUGAGUCUGAUUCAGCCGACGUCGCCUAUUUACCUAGUCAUGAUGGUACGGGUACAUUUUUAAUGGAUCAUGAAGAAGAAAGUGUUCAUGUGGUACUUCCUGCUUGUUUACCUACUUUAGCCGGAAUCGAAUUAUCGGCUGAUGAUGAAGAAGAAAGUCAUCAUGACGCUCAUGACGAUAUGAAAUUUACCACAAAGCGACAACAAAAUUUAGAUAGUAUUCCUGUACAUCAUCCAGGUAUACCAGGUUCCUCCACAUCGAACGCUAUUUUAUCGUUGGUAUGGGCCAAUUUAAAGAGACUGACCAAUCAUUUGAUGGAGAAUGAUACAAAUACGGUGGAUACUUUAUCUAAUCUGAUGUCAGAAGCUGUGAUGGAAGGAUGUAUGCCAUUUAGUUCUCAUUUACAUAUGGACAUUGAACCAUCGUAUCAUCCUCGACUAGGUGGACCUAUUUAAAUUUGAUUGGGCCAAAAAAAAAAAAAAAAAAAA